AUGUCUCUUCUCGACGAACAAUUCAUGGCGUCUCUCGCUAGCCUCGCCAAGCCUGUCGAAGGCAGAUUCCGUUGGUAUUUGACCGCAGUCGUGGCAAUCGGUGCUCUUAAUUAUCCAGAGGAGAUACCUGGAUUCUACAGAGCUCUGCUGGAGCGCUAUAUUCCCGAAGCGGAGCAAAAGAAGGAAACGCGCAAGAUUGUCGAAGGAUUGACCAAAGUCUGCGGCAUUCAAGGGGCGGCCAAGACUGGCAAUGCAACUCGUGCCCUGGCCACGGCAAUCCCUGGUCACCUUAAAGAUGACAAAGUCUACAGAGCCGACCAGACAUUCGAGGAGGCGCGACAACGAGGACAGCGAAUGAUCCGCAGCAUCUAUGCACCAAAUCCUGAUUAUGAUGGCACACUGACCAAGGCCGCUGCGCCCGACUACUCGUGGAUUGUAACAAAUCUAUUCUACGGCUACAUUUUCUCUUUCGAUGAGAUUCUGGGACCCUUGGAAACGGGCCAGGUGAUCAUCGCAACUCUCCACGGCAUAGACUGCCAGGAACAGUUGAAAAACCAUAUGAUUGGGAUGAUGCUGAACGGUGCUGAGAGAAAGGACUUGUUUGUCUUGCGAGACAUAGUCACAGCAAUUGCGCAGCGCCUGAAUGUGAAGUUCAAGGGAAACACCCCAACAGUGCCGGAAACCCCGAUUCCGAAACCCGUGAACACAGCAGAACAAAAUCCUCCAGAUAGUCUGCCCAAAUCAUCAACAUCGUUGGUGGCUGAUCUAGAUGAUUAAAUUUCAAUAAGUGGCGGUGUAGCAGUCUAAACAGACGUGCAAUAUAG